AUGGGCGUGUCUCGUUGGUUCUUGAUAAUGUGCCUGGCGCUGGCUAUGAGCUCGUUCUCAACGACUACCACGCACUUGAUGCUCUCACAGGGCAUCUUGUACGGCGUCGGGUCUAGCAUCGCAUACACACCGUUGGUCAUCUUCAUGAACGAGUGGUUCGAGCGCAAGAGGGGUCUCGCAUUUGGCAUCAUCCACCGCCCCCGUCCAUUAAAUUGCAGCUUCCUGAAAGAACGCUCUUUUGACAUCUAUCAGCUCGGCAACACACUCGAAUCCUUCGGUUUCUUCCUCCCUACUAUCUAUCUACCCUCGUACGCGCGCACCCUAGGGGCCUCGAAUCGAAACGCCUCUAUAACCGCCAUCCUCUUCAACAUUGGCACGAUCAUCGGUUCUACCAUAAUGGGUACAUUCGUCGACCGGUACCACGCUACAACAUGUAUCAUGACAUCCACAAUCGGAGGCACAAUCGCGGUGUUCGUGCUCUGGGGCGUAUCAAUGAGUUUAGCCCCCGUUAAUCCGUAUGCGGAUGACGGUAUGGUCUUUGCCUUCCUUUGUGUGGAUAGGGGUAUUGGUAAUGUGAUUAGCCGGCCAUGGAGUGACGCGUUGAUGAAGACGGAUUGGAGAGGCGUGGGGGAUGCGUAUGCUGGGUCGUAG